UUUCCUUCCUACGUACACAGAGGGAAGAAGGAAAAAGCAAAAGGAAAUAAUCAAAUUAUCUCAUUGUCAUUGAUCGGAGGCAAAAGAGGCUCUCUCCUCUCUUCCUCCGAUCAUCAUCUGAUCAUCCUACAUUAUAUUUUUGGGUAAUUAAUGGCUUCGGUUAGCUUCAAAUACUGGGAUGAUUGUGUCGAUCCUCUUGAUCUGGAAGCUAUGUGGCUCGAUCCAGAAGUUAGAGCCGAAUGGCUUAAUGCCGGAGAAACUAAGGGAUCAAAAGUCCACCUCUCACGUGAUCCUGAUGGUCAGCCUUAUCUAACACAAACAGAAAUGAAGGCAGUAGCAGCUAUUAUUGUCCGUAGGCAUUUUCUAUCGCAGAUUGAUUUGGAUAUGCUUUGCGCUAUUGCUGAGAUUGAAAGUGACCGCCAGCUUCUUGCAACACGGUACAAUAAAAAGUCAAAAGAGAUUACUAUGGGAAUUAUGCAGAUUUUGCCAAAAACUGCAGACUGGUUGGUGAGUGAUUUGGGUUACCGAACAUAUGAGGUGACAAUGGAUUCAAAACUUCUUUACAAGCCUUUUGUAAAUGUAUAUCUUGGAGCUGCAUAUCUUAAGUGGUUAUCAAAUUAUGAACAAAAAGAGAGAAGUGAAGAGUUCAUGGUGAGAGCUUACAAGGGUGGUACUAAGAAGGCAACUCACAAGUCCACUUUACCAUUUUGGAGAAGUUAUCUCUCCGUCAAAGAGACCCUACCAUCGAGGAAAAUCUUUGACGUCAAUCCUUUGCCGCCUACAGCAUCUGCAACUGGAGUUCCUGAAAAGAAAGGUCCAGUAAAUACAACUUGGGACUCUAGAACUUCCGCAGAAGACAUGGAAGAAAUGUGGAAUCAUCCCUGUGUGAGCACGGAGUGGAGCAAGUCAGGGGAGAAAAGAGGCCAUGUACGGUUUUCUCAUGAUACUGAAAAAAGACCCUAUCUCUCUCGGGUAGAACUGAGGGCAGUUGCAGAAGUAAUUGUUUCAAAAUACUUUAGCACAAGAGGACUGAAACCUACUGUCCUGUGUGCUGUUGCUGAGAUUGUGACCAUGCGUUUUGUUGAGGGAAUUGGACAGCGUACUGGAUUAAUGGGAAUUGACUAUCCCACGGCACGCUGGCUUUACAAGGACCUGGGAUACAAGGGUUACAAAGUGGAGUCCGUUGAGGAUCUUACAAAGCCAUUUGUUUCCAUGUACUUUGGCGCAGCGUAUGUGGCUUGGCUAUCAGAGUACGAGGGAAGAGAAAGGAGUCUCCAGUUUCUUGUCCAGGCUUAUCUUGCUGGACCCCAGAACGUGAACCUGCAGGAGACUGGUCCUAUGUGGCUCAGAUUUGAGGAAGCACUGAGCCGUUAUGAAGAUUUAAAAAAGGAAGCAGCAGGUAGUUGUAAUAUUUUGUGAGCUCCAACGAACUAUCUUUAGUUGCGUAAAAAGUAAAAUUAAUAUCUGCAACAGCACCACCACUCCAAUGUACAAUAACUCAUCCACUACUCAUUUGUAUUUAUUCCUACCUCUGUAAAAUAUUAUUUCUCAUUUACUAUUAUGCUGAGAAAAUUCGUAUACAGCUUUUGUUUGAAAUCCCAAUCCAACUUUAUUACUU